AUGGUCAAAAUUGCACUUGCUGGCGGCUCUGGCAACGUGGGGCGAGAAAUCCUCGACGCUUUGGUAGCGAGAGGCAAGCAUGAAAUCUUGAUUCUGUCCAGAAAGGAUGCCCCCAACACCGACUUUGGCCAGGGAGUGAAAUGGGUUCAAACCAGCUACGACGAUGUUACCCACUUGGUCCAAGUGCUGGAGGGAGUCCAUACUGUUCUCUCUUUCGUCGCUAAGCCUGCCGACCCGACAAACACCGCGCCGUGGAAUACGCAGAAAAAUUUGAUUGAUGCCUCCAUCAAAGCUGGCGUUAGACGAUUUGCCCCCAGCGAGUGGGGUUCCUCCAAAUUCGAGCACACCUUCUGGUACGGAUACAAAGAAGAAACUCGACAGUACCUUGCAAGCAUCAACAAAGACAAGAAGGUUCUCGAAUACUGUCUUUUCCAACCGGGCUUGUUCAUCAACUAUAUGACGUACCCGUACAGCUCCAGCAAAUAUGUCAAGCUGUUUGAGACACCCAUCAACUAUUAUCAGCGCCGCGCCCUGGUUGUCGACGGUGGCGAAGACGCCAUCAUUACCUUCACGACCGCGCAAGAUCUGGCCAAGGUAGUUGCGUUGGCCGUGGAGUAUGAGGGCGAGUGGCCCGUGGUCGGCGGAAUUCAAGGAGCCCAGGUAACCGUCGGGCAAUUGAUUGCACUGGGCGAGAAAAUCCGAGGCGGGCCGUUUGAUGUGACCAAGCUCAAGGCCGAUGAUCUUCAAGCCGGGGUGGUCAAGGCCCCUUGGCUUCCCAAGUUCGAGCACCCGUCGAUGCCCCCCGAAACAGUUGGUGCUAUUGCUCCGAGCCUGGUCUCCGGCAUGUUGCUGGGCUUUGUGGCUGGUAACAUGGUGUGCUCUGACGAGUGGAACCGUCUGCUGCCCGGAUUCAAGUUCACUCAGCCCGAGGAGUUUCUUACGGCCGCGUGGGCUGAGAUUGAUGCUGGAGCAAAGACUGUGUUCACGUCGUAUUAG